AUGCAGGCCCAGCUGGAGGCAGAUGUGAGGAAACUGGAGAAAUCAAGAUGGGUGAGGCAAAGAACAAAUUAGUGAGGAAGUUAUUGGGCUACUGAACUGUCUGAACUCGUGUGUCUGAACUCUGACCUCUGUUGGGGUGUGGCAGGAGCUGCAGCAGAGAGAGCAUGAGGAGGAAAUGAGAGCUCGCUUCAGACGCAGCGAGUCCAUCGAGAAAGCAGCAGUGAGUCUCUUACUGACCUCUCUACUCCAUAUAAACUCUGAAGUGGCUUCCAUCUGCACAGAUCUGAAAACACAGCAUAGGUCAAAGGAAUAUGGCCUUUUAUAGGAACCUCUCAGCUUCUGUCACGCCAGCGCAGAUGAAGGAAAGGAAUGAAGGAGAGGAAGGAGUAGACGAGGCAGCUUUAGACUAUUGAGACCUGUAGUUUCCUUUACAUCAUUCAAUAAAGCAUAGUGUGGUGUGAUUCCUCAUCCUAUCUGCAGGAGGCAGCAAUGCUGGUAUCACAGCGCUCCAUGAACCCCAGAGAGUUCUUCAGACAGCUGUCAUCAGCAUCGUCCAAUAACCCAUCCAGCCCCGGCUCCCCCCGCACAGGUAAGUCGUGUGUGUGUUGUGUGUGUGUGUGUGUGUGUGGUGUGUGUGUUUAUAAGCAUUGACAAACCAAGAAGUGUCUCUACCCAAUGUGUGAUUAUGAAGCCAGUAACAGUCAAUCAUGCAUGAACCUAAACAACCAUUAUCUGUCAGUGUAUUUCUUAAUGUUGCUCAUCCUUCCUCUCUCUCUCUCUCUCUCCCUCUCUCUCUCUCCUCUCUCUCUCUCCUAUCUCUCUCUCUCUCCCUGCUCCUCUCCUCUCUCUCUCUCUCAUCUCUCUCUCUCUCUCUCUCCUCUCUCUCUCCCCCCCCCCCCCCCCCCCCACAGGCAAACCUCCAUUAAGGCGGUACCAGCGCAGUCUGACUGACACAGCAUUCAUCUUUGGGAAAUCGGACAGCCCCACCCCCACUUCCCCCCGCAGCCCCACAUUGGUCUCACCCUUCUUCCGCAUCCCAUCCUCCCCCUUCCACCGCACCAUGUCCCCAUCCAGCUCCAUCUUCCGCCCAAUCACCUCUCCCCAGAGCCCUCGCGCACCCCUGGUGUCCCCUCCCAAAUCGCCCCUCCACUCUGCCCCGCCUGUCUCAGCCCAGGCUACUCUCCCAUCACCCAGCCCCCAGUCUCAGUCCCAAACUCAGACCUUUGCCCCCCCAGCCUCUCCAGACCUCCUCGCCACCCUGUCCCCCACCUCUCCUCUAGAGAACCAGCCCCAGGCCCAGUUCCUGCCCCCCUCUCCCCAGUCCCAGCCUGAGUGCUUCCCCUAUCCCCUAAUCUCCCUGGAGCCUGCCUCAGCACCACAGCCUCCCACUGCCCCUCUGUCAGAGAGUCCACUGCAUCCAACAGGUAGGUCCCCAUCAUACACACAGCCUACUGUAGAAUGACCAUUAUAGAGUUGGUUCUCAGUUUGCCUUGGCUGCACUUAAAACAACAAUGGUUCAUUCUCUCUCAUCCAGAGCAGUACACAGCUGUACAAGUUGUACUGGUGGAGGAAGAGGAAGAUGAUGAUGAAGACCAGGCAGAGCCAGAGCCCAGCAUUGAGAGUACAGAGCCAAACCCAAAUAUGGAGGAAAGAGGGGAGGGCUCAGCACAGGAUUCAGACCCUACAUCAGUGCAGGAGCCUAUGGCAGAGGAAGGAGAGGAAGCAGAGGAAGCUGGACAAGAGAAGGGCCAAUCAGAUUACAGUCAGGCCUCUGCUGAGCCAUUCCUGGUUGAGCUUUCAGAAGAGGAGGAGGAGCCAGCUGGAACAGGUAUACUUUGUAUGUUUUUUUGUAUCUCGUAUAGUCCUGUCCUAUUAUAUAUAUAUAUAUAUAUAUAUAUAUAUAUAUACAGUGGGGCAAAAAAGUAUUUAGUCAGCCACCAAUUGUGCAAGUUCUCCCACUUAAAAAGAUGAGAGAGGCCUGUAAUUUUCAUCAUAGGUACACGUCAACUAUGACAGACAAAAUGAGGAAAAAAAAUCCAGAAAAUCACAUUGUAGGAUUUUUUAUGAAUUUAUUUGCAAAUUAUGGUGGAAAAUAAGUAUUUGGUCAAUAACAAAAGUUUCUCAAUACUUUGUUAUAUACCCUUUGUUGGCAAUGACACAGGUCAAACGUUUUCUGUAAGUCUUCACAAGGUUUUCACACACUGUUGCUGGUAUUUUGGCCCAUUCCUCCAUGCAGAUCUCCUCUAGAGCAGUGAUGUUUUGGGGCUGUCGCUGGGCAACACAGACUUUCAACUCCUUCCAAAGAUUUUCUAUGGGGUUGAGAUCUGGAGACUGGCUAGGCCACUCCAGGACCUUGAAAUGCUUCUUACGAAGCCACUCCUUCGUUGCCCGGGCGGUGUGUUUUGGAUCAUUGUCACGCUGAAAGACCCAGCCACGUUUCAUCUUCAAUGCCCUUGCUGAUGGAAGGAGGUUUUCACUCAAAAUCUCACGAUACAUGGCCCCAUUCAUUCUUUCCUUUACACGGAUCAGUCGUCCUGGUCCCUUUGCAGAAAAACAGCCCCAAAGCAUGAUGUUUCCACCUGCAUGCUUCACAGUAGGUAUGGUGUUCUUUGGAUGCAACUCAGCAUUCUUUGUCCUCCAAACACGACAAGUUGAGUUUUUACCAAAAAGUUCUAUUUUGGUUUCAUCUGACCAUAUGACAUUCUCCCAAUCCUCUUCUGGAUCAUCCAAAUGCACUCUAGCAAAGUUCAGAUGGGCCUGGACAUUGUCACACUCUGGUUCUAGGACUUUUUGUGUUUAGUCAGGGUGUGUAGAUUUCCGUGUGUUGUGUACUGUGGGUAGUGUCUAGGUGUUCACGUUCUAUGUUUGGUCAGUGACUCCCAAUCGGAGGUAACGAGUGUCAGCUGUCGGCUCGUUAUCUCUGAUUGGGAGCCAUAUUUAUAUGUCUGUGUUCACCUUGGGGUUGUGGGUUUUUGUUCUAUGUUCAGUCGGUGUACUGAGGACGUUACGGAUCGUGUUUUGUCGUUAUUUCAACAUUAAAGUCAUCAUGUUCACUCCCAACGCUGCGCUUUGGUCCUACUUUAUUGCCGAUCUUGACAGAAAAACCCACCACAACGAGACCAAGCAGCAGUUGGAAUACGAGUGGUGGAGCCAGAAGAGCGAAGGUUGGGAGAGGACUAUGGAGGCCUGGUCCACCGAGAGGAGAGACCCCCAGAAAAUUUUUAGGGGGGGGCUCACGAUGUCGGGGCAGAAGGUGUACGGCCCGGAGGAGUGCAAGAGGUUGGCAGAUAUGGCCGCCAGUUUAAGGGGGCCACUGGUUACGAAGGGGAUGGAAAGUGUGGAGGCACGGCGAGAGGUACUGGGGGGUGUUUCCAGUCCGGUCCGGCCCGUUCCUGAUCCCCGUGUAGGGCCAGGGGUGUGUGUCCCCAGUGCGGUUCUGUCUGUCCCUGCUCAACGCACCAAGCCUACGGGGUGCGUCGCCAGCCCAGCUCGGCCUGUUCCUGCGCCCCGCACCAAGUCUGUGGUGCGUUUCGCCAGCCCAGCCCGGCCUGUCCCUGCUCAACGCACCGAGCCUACGGGGUGCGUCGUCAACCCUGUCCAGCCAGAGCCUUCCGCCAGCCAGGAUCCGCCAGAGCCUUCCAGCCAGGAUCCGCCAGAGCCGUCCAGCCGGGAUCCGCCAGAGCCGUCCAGCCGGGAUACGCCAGAGCCGUCCAGCCGGGAUCCGCCAGAGCCUUCCAGCCGGGAUCCGCCAGAGCCUUCCAGCCGGGAUCCGCCAGAGCCGUCCAGCCGGGAUCCGCCAGAGCCGUCCAGCCGGGAUCCGCCAGAGCCGUCCAGCCGGGAUCCGCCAGAGCCGUCCAGCCAGGAUCCGCCAGAGCCGUCCAGCCAGGAUCCGCCAGAGCCGUCCAGCCGGGAUCCGCCAGAGCCGGAGCCGCCGCCGAGGAGGAAUGCCCACCCAGCCCUCCCCUGUUUGCUUGUAGUUAGGCGCGGUCGCAGUCCGCGCCUUUGGGGGGGGGGUACUGUCACACUCUGGUUCUAGGACUUUUUGUGUUUAGUCAGGGUGUGUAGAUUUCCGUGUGUUGUGUACUGUGGGUAGUGUCUAGGUGUUCGCGUUCUAUGUUUGGUCAGUGACUCCCAAUCGGAGGUAACGAGUGUCAGCUGUCGGCUCGUUAUCUCUGAUUGGGAGCCAUAUUUAUAUGUCUGUGUUCACCUUGGGGUUGUGGGUUUUUGUUCUAUGUUCAGUCGGUGUACUGAGGACGUUACGGAUCGUGUUUUGUUUUGUCGUUAUUUCAACAUUAAAGUCAUCAUGUUCACUCCCAACGCUGCGCUUUGGUCCUACUUUAUUGGCGAUCUUGACAGACAUGUACUGGCUUAAGCAGGGGGACACAUCUGGCACUGCAGGAUUUGAGUCCCUGGCGGUGUAGUGUGUUACUGAUGGUAGGCUUUGUUACUUUGGUCCCAGCUCUCUGCAGGUCAUUCACUAGGUCCCCCCGUGUGGUUCUGGGAUUUUUGCUCACCGUUCUUGUGAUCAUUUUGACCCCACGGUGUGAGAUCUUGCGUGGAGCCCCAGAUCGAGGGAGAUUAUCAGUGGUCUUGUAUGUCUUCCAUUUCCUAAUAAUUGCUCCCACAGUUGAUUUCUUCAAACCAAGCUGCUUACCUAUUGCAGAUUCAGUCUUCCCAGCCUGGUGCAGGUCUACAAUUUUGUUUCUGGUGUCCUUUGACAGCUCUUUGGUCUUGGCCAUAGUGGAGUUUGGAGUGUGACUGUUUGAGGUUGGGGACAGGUGUCUUUUAUACUGAUAACAAGUUCAAACAGGUGCCAUUAAUACAGGUAACGAGUGGAGGACAGAGGAGCCUCUUAAAGAAGAAGUUACAGGUCUGUGAGAGCCAGAAAUCUUGCUUGUUUGUAGGUGACCAAAUACUUAUUUUCCACCAUCAUUUGCAAAUAAAUUCAUUAAAAAUCCUACAAUGUGAUUUUCUGGAUUUUUUUUCCUCAAUUUGUCUGUCAUAGUUGACAUGUACCUAUGAUGAAAAUUACAGGCCUCUCUCAUCUUUUUAAGUGGGAGAACUUGCACAAUUGGUGGCUGACUAAAUACUUUUUUCCCCCACUGUAUAUAUAUUUAAGGCUAAAUACAACAAUUGAAAGAGAAGAAGAGUUUUAUGUUAAGAGAAGGUUGUGGAAAAGGUGUGUGACACAACUGACACGUUAUGUUUCAGAUGCAGAAGUUAUUAUUCCGCUAAUCACACAAAAGGUUGUGGUCCCGUCCACCAAUGGGGUGACAGACGAGGAGGAGUUGGUGGAACACAAUGGUACAGGUAUGUUACCCCGCUCAUCCAUUGAUAGGGAUCUACGCUAGCCUACAUUGCCCAAGUUGCUCUCAAACUGAAUGAACCCUUUAUGUUGAUGAGAUAACAUAGAAUAGACAUACCAGAAGCCUACAUUGCAAUUCCCUAUCCUUUUCCAGGAAUCCUCUUCCUCAUGGAUUUUUAAAUCCAUGAAGGGGAUUGAAAAGUACACACUUGCUUAGCGUAGGGUAGGGAACCAGAAUCCAACCACUGUCAUGGUUCCUCUUUUCCAGAGCGAUCAAUGAGUCCACCAGAAAGGGAGCAAGGUACUCCAGAAUUGGCUGUUCAUUUUGAUGAAGAGGAGGAGGACUUUGUUGAAGAGAAUGAGGUCCAGGAGAUUUCAGAGAAUGGACAAGAGGUUGUUACACAACACACAAAGUCAUAUGUCCCCUACCCCCUGCCAUCCUAUUCACUACUGGGCUUCAAACCUAGUCAUGGAGACCCACACGGUGUGCAGACCUUUGUUCCAGCCCAGUAUUAAUACAAAGACUUGAUGAUUAGUUGAAAAGUUAUAAAAGGUGUGUUAGUGCUGGGCUAGAAAAAAAGCUUGCACCCCUCUGGGUCUCCAGGACCAGGAUUGAAGAACAUGGACUAAUUUAAUAUAAAUGUAAUGUAGAUGACAACCAAGCAAGGGCUCUGUAAUGGGGAAAAUGGUGACCUUCAUUCAUGAUUGUUUUUCUCUGUUUCAGAUGUGUGUAAGAGCUCUCUAUGACUACCAAGCAGGUCAGUUCUCAGUGUAACUCAUACCAUGGACCACACACCCAUGCACACCUACACACACACACCUACACACACACACAGACACACACACACACACAGACAUACUAUGAUUCUCUGAGUGUUAAACCUAGUCUUUCUCUUUUCUCACAGAGGAUGAAUCAGAGAUCUCAUUUGAACCAGGUGACAUCAUAAGUGCGGUGGAGACUGUGGACAAGGCCUGGUGGCGGGGCUGCAGUAAAGAUGGACGCCAGGGACUCUUUCCAGCCAAUUACGUGGAGACCAUCUAG